AAUCCACCUACCAAAUCUUCACCUCUCCUCGCAAUCUCGUUUCCGUCGCAAUCCAUCCAUCCUCAGCGCGAACUUUCAACCACCUUGACAUCAGCCGUGAGCGACUCGACAUGUCGGACACUGUGAUUCACAGUGACGUCGAGCAGAAUGCCGGCACCGUUGAGCUCAAGGAGGACACCGUCGUCAUUGUGCUAGGUGCAUCAGGCGAUCUCGCCAAAAAGAAGACCUUCCCUGCCUUGUUCGGUCUCUGGCGCAAUGGCUUCCUGCCAAAGAACAUCCGCGUGGUCGGAUAUGCGCGAACGAAGAUGGACCACGCCGAAUUCCUCAAGCGCGUCCAGUCACACAUCAAGACGCCUACGAAGGAAUACGAGCAACAGCUGGAGGACUUCUGCAAAGCGUCAAGCUAUGUCAGCGGGCAGUACGACAAAGACGAGAGCUUUCAAGACCUCGAGAAGCACCUGCAAGAGCUGGAGAAAGGUCAAAAGACAACCAACCGGGUCUUCUACAUGGCCCUACCGCCCUCGGUCUUCAUCCCCGUCUCCGAGCACCUGAAGAAGAACAACUACCCUAAGAACGGCAUCGCUCGGAUCAUCAUCGAGAAGCCUUUCGGCAAGGAUCUCGCCUCAUCACGAGAGCUCGGCAACGCGCUGAAGCCGAACUGGAAAGAAGAGGAAAUCUUCCGCAUCGAUCAUUACCUGGGCAAAGAGAUGGUCAAGAACAUCCUGAUUCUGCGAUUCGGAAACGAGUUCUUCGGUGCGACGUGGAACCGCAACCACAUCGACAAUGUACAAAUCACCUUCAAAGAGCCCUUUGGCACGGAAGGUCGUGGCGGAUACUUUGACGAGUUUGGUAUCAUUCGUGACGUGAUGCAGAACCAUCUCCUCCAAAUCCUGACGCUGCUCGCCAUGGAGCGUCCGAUCUCGUUCAGCGCCGAGGACAUCCGUAACGAGAAGGUCCGCGUGCUUCGAGGCAUGCCCAGCAUCGAACCCAAAAACGUCAUCAUUGGCCAGUACGAGAAGUCGCUCGACGGCUCCAAGCCGGGUUACAAGGAAGACGACACAGUCCCGAAGGAGUCGCGAUGCCCGACUUUCGCGUCGAUGGUCGCCUACAUCAAGAACGAGCGAUGGGAUGGCGUGCCCUUCAUCCUCAAGGCCGGCAAAGCUUUGAACGAGCAAAAGACCGAAGUUCGCAUCCAGUUCAAGGAUGUGACUUCGGGUAUCUUCAAGGACAUCCCGCGCAACGAGCUGGUGAUCCGCGUCCAGCCCAACGAGAGUGUCUACAUCAAGAUGAACUCCAAACUGCCCGGCCUCAGCAUGCAGACCGUCGUCACCGAGCUCGACCUGACCUACCGCCGCCGUUUCUCCGACCUCAAGAUCCCCGAGGCAUACGAGAGCUUGAUCCUCGACGCGCUGAAGGGCGACCACUCCAACUUUGUGCGCGACGAUGAGCUCGAUGCGUCAUGGCGCAUCUUCACCCCUCUGCUUCACUACCUCGACGAGAACAAGGAGAUCAUCCCCAUGGGGUACCCAUACGGCUCUCGAGGUCCCGCUGUGCUCGAUGACUUCACCUCAUCGUACGGAUACAAAUUCGCGGACGCGGCCGGCUACCAGUGGCCUCAGCACCAAAUCGAGCCCAACAAGCUCUAGACCGUCCUCUUUCUCCGAUGGAGAUUGAAUCGCCGAAUCGAAAAGGAGCACUCCCCGAUCCGCGUGAUCCGCACUCAAGGCGGAAGAGCCAGGUGCGAGUGGGCAUGAACAGUUGGAAGGGAAACCGAUGUUUCGAGGGAUUGUGGGGAAUCUCCUCUGUAUGAGCGGCCCUGCCAAGGGUCAAGCGGAUAGACUUCCUUUUUUUUUAUAAUGUGAAAAACGAACUUCCACGCGACGACUUGUCGAUGCAUCCAUAAAACCC